CACAACAUGAAGGGCACACAGACUGACAGACAAAACACCCUCAAGUCUCCACACCACCACCACCACCAAGUACAAUCCUCCCACAAAACCCCAUCCACUCCUUUAUCAUCGUUUCCCUCCCUUUCCUCCCCUCUCCCGUUCAUCCUCAGCCCCCUCUUUGCCUGCCAUGGCAAACGCUUCUCUCCAAUCCUUCCUUCUUCAGCACCACCAUUCUUUCCUCAACAGCACAGUCCAUGACGGCUCCCCUACUGCAGCUCUCAGGCUCACCACCAACGCCAGCACCAGCAUUUCCUUCAAGCUCUUCACCAGCAGCUCCUCCUCGGUGACCACAGCAUCCACUGCAGCUCCAACUCCGGUCGCCUCCGCGGCCACGACAACGUCGCCUCCUACACCCUCCCUGGAGCUCCUAGGCCAGCAGCUCGCGGAGGGAGAUUACCGCCAGGCCGACGAGACCACCCGCGCGCUCCUCAUCUACCUCGCAGGCGAGCCUGCGCGUCGUCGAGGGUAUGUUUUCUUCUCGGAGGUCCAGUUCAUCUCUGUGGAGGACCUCCGCGCCAUCGACGCGCUCUGGAUGGAGCACAGCAACGGCAAGUUCGGGUACAGCGUGCAGCGGCGGAUUUGGGAGAAGUCCGUGCGCGACUACACCCGCUUGUUCAUUAAGAUUGGCUGGAUGAAGAAGCUGGACAGUGAAGUGGAGCAGUUCAACUACAGGGCCUUCCCUGAUGAGUUCAUAUGGGAGCUGAACGAUGACACGCCAGAGGGCCAUCUGCCCCUCACCAAUGCCCUCAGAGGGACACGGCUCAUGGAGAACAUAUUCACUCACCCUGCCUUUGACUGCCCAGAAGAGGAAGCAGCAGAAGAGGAGAACAAUGACACAGGCAGCAACGGUGGUCAGAAUAAGGAUGAUAGCAAAGUGAGGGUGAGGCCAAAGAUUAUGACAGACUUCAAGCCUGACUACUCCUUUUAAGGAGCAUGCAAAGCGCAUGGAUGUUUGUGAUUCUGUCAUGGUGCAGUUGAUUUAAGAAGUCAUGUUUCUGUAGUUCGUUUUGGUUGUUUUGUACUAAACAUGCAUGGAAAUUUGUGACCAGAUAUAUUAUAAAGAUAAAUGUUUGAGAA